AUUAAACAUUCUACAAUGAUACAUAUUUAUAAAAAAAAAGUUUCUAAAAUCAUUAUACAAAUUGGAUUUGACAUAUUAAAAGUGCACAUAGUAAAAUUGGGGGAAAUUAGGUUAGGGUUUGGAUUUGGGGCUUGGAGAGUUAAAUUGCAAGGAAUUGAAGAUGGAAUAGAUAAAUUAUGGUUGGCACAUGAUAUAAGAGAUGAAUGUUGCAACUUCAAACCUGAACAUUGGUAUCCAGAUCGUCCCAUCUCAACUUCUCAGUUUGCAAAAACGGCGGUGCUCCGGCGGUGUUCUAAUAUCCAAAAUGCCCCUAUUGGAGACUCUUCGAUUACGAUUUUGCUCCUCGAACUACAUCGUGUUACUAGUUCUCGAUGCUCCUGGGUUGAAGAAAAUCACAAGAUGAUCAUACUCUCCAUGUCCUUGAUGUUCGCAUUCCAUCAUGGUCCGAUGGGGAUCAAGGAGCUCACGGUCUUAUGGUCCAAUGUAGAGUUCCUGGGAGUUGUUGCGGAUUAAUUUCUUUUACGACUUUUUGAUUUUUGAAAUCUAGAAAUAUAUUUUAUUUCUCUUCCUGAUUGCUUUGUACAAAUGUUCAUAGUUCAUUUUCUUAAAAUAUAAAGUUUGCAAU